AUGCUUCUCCCCUCUAUCCGUAACCUUGGCCUGGUAGCUCUUGCUGCCUUUGUCGCGGCCAAGCCUCCUCCCAUAACCUACGAUAUUUCUAAACCAAAGGAUCCGCUUGGCAAUCUCAAGGUCACUCUCGAUUAUAGUGCUGCAAUAACUUGGCCUAAGAGCAUAGUGGGGAACAUGGCAAACAACAUUCCACGCACUUGGCAGUACAGCAGCCAUAUCGUUUUCGCAGAUACUGUUAUUUAUAAGAAAGAUGAGGAAGGUAACAAAGUCGCCGGAAUCUCCGACGGGGAGCUCUGGUAA